CAAGUAACAACAGACGAUGGAAACACGCGUCUUUCAAAGGAUACAGCUUCUUACAAAUGUGAAGAUGAACGAACUCUUUCAUUUAGUGGAAGGAAUUCAUCAAUGUACAUGUACGAGUUUAAGAUGACUGUCAGAAAUGUUGUUAUUCAAGCUUUUAACAUAGUUAAUGGUACACUAUCAGAAGCUGAAGAAUGUGCUGUCGAUGAAACAUCUGUUGCACCAACAACUACUGAAACAAUUGAAACGACAGAACCAGAUGUCACCAAUACCGGAAGUAGUACAACGAUGGUUAUAACGGAUGAAACAACACAUCUCAUUUCAACACCAACAGAAACUACCCCUGAAGGAACAAGCAGCACUCCUAUCACACCAAGACCUGAUGAUCCACCUAUACAAUCUUACUCUGCACACGGAGAAAACGGGACUUGUGUACUCAUACAAUGUGGAAUUCAGUUCGAAAUUCAUUACAAUACAACAAAUCAAAAACAAUCAUCAAAAGUCAUUGGAGUUCCAGAGAGAGUAACAUUUGAUGGAGGUUGCAAUCAACCAAACAAUACACAAAGUCUUCAAAUACAGUUCUAUGAUAACUGGGAUCUCCUACUUACAUUUUCUCAAUUUGAUGACAGAGGAAGAAUAAAAUUCUAUUUGUCUGAUAUAGAUUUAACGGCCAAUUUGAGCAAAGAACUUUUCCCCGAUAUCGAUAAUCCAAUUUUCAGAAAAAACAUAAAAACAAAUUUUGCAAAAGAUACAAUAACAGCUUCGACAGAAGGCAGUUACAGAUGUACAAAAGAAGCAGCAUUUCUAUUAAAGGAUGGAACUGUUAUGAGUACAUUUAACUUGCAGUAUGCAGCCUUCCAGAAGAAUAUAACCGUUUUCUCAGACUCAGGGAUAUCGGAAUGUUCGUCAGAUGUUGAAACAAGUUCCGUUAUUCCUAUUGCAGUUGGUUCUGCACUUGGUGGACUGAUAGUCAUCGUUCUGGUAGCUUAUGCUAUUGGCAGGAGAUGCAAAGAAAAAGGAGAUUACGACACAAUAUAAGAAGCUGACAUAAUAAAAAUAUCAGAUAGUUCUCAUGCAUUGAUGUAAUUUUACUUUAAUACAUUGACAAUAUAACGAAUGUUAGCAGAAAUUCAUGUACAAAAAAGACACUAACAUAUGAAUGUAAAUCUUGAUAGUAAAAUGUUGUGUAAGCGAUAUUCAAACGCAUAAACAAUGGUAAACGAAGAACAUCGAUGAAACAUAUAGUGUAAUACAUAAAUAUUGAUCUAUAUUAUUUUUUGCAGACAACUGAUAGCAUUAAAAUUAAAUUUUA